GCCAAGCCCAGGCGUCUGCGUGAAUGCAGCAGGGAGGGAGCGGGGUCCGGCCGCCAUGUGGGGUCAGUCCCCCCCACACUCCCGGCAAGGCCAUGCCCAGCCCUUUGGAUGGGGACAGCAGCCCCGGCAGCAGCAGCUCCUGCACGCUGAGCCUCGGGACGGGCGAGUGGGAGCCGGAGGACCCGGAGGCUGAGCAGAAAGUCUGUGUCGUGUGUGGGGACCAGGCCACUGGCUUCCACUUUCACGCCAUGACCUGUGAGGGCUGCAAGGGCUUCUUCAGGCGAUCGAUGAGUAAGGGCGUCCACUUCACCUGUCCCUUCGCCCGCAGCUGCACCAUCACCAAGGCCAAGCGCCGGCAGUGCCAGGCCUGCCGCCUCCAGAAGUGCUUGGCCGCCGGCAUGCGGAAAGACAUGAUCCUGUCGGAGGAGGCCCUGCAGGCGCGCCGGGCCCUGCGGUGGCAGCGGCAGCAGGAGCGGAAGCUGGCAGGGCUCACGGCAGAGCAGGAGCAGCUCAUUGCUAUCCUCAUCGAGGCGCACACCCGCAACUUUGACUCCAGCUUCUCCCAGUUUCAGCACUACCAGCCUGCCGUGCGGUUGUACAUCCACAGCCCGAGCCCUCGCAGCACCCCAGAGCCAGGGGCUCCUCACCAUGCGCAGGGGCUGCCCGCUAUGGAGAAUGGGGCCACGCUGCCGUCCCCGGAAAGCCUGUCGGAUGACGUGCUGCCUGAUGUCUUCUCCAUGCUGCCCCACUACGCUGACCUCAGCACCUUCAUGAUCCAGCAAGUGAUCAAAUUUGCCAAGGCGAUCCCGGCCUUCAGGAAUCUGCCGAUCUACGACCAGAUCUCACUGCUCAAAGAUGCCACCUUAGACAUCUGCCAGAUCCAGUUCAACACCGUCUUCAAUGAGAAGGACAAGGCCUGGGAGUGCGGACACCACUGCUACACCAUCCAGGACGGGGCCUUGGCCGGGUUCCAGCAGAUCUACCUGGAGCCACUGCUCAAGUUUCACAUCAGCCUGAAGAAACUGAAACUCCACGAGGCAGAGUACGUGCUGCUGCAGGCCAUGGUCCUGUUCUCGCCUGACCACACCAGUGUCACGCAGCACGACUUCAUCGACCAGCUCCAGGAGAAAGUGGCCCUCACGCUGAAGAGCUACAUUGACCACCGGCACCCGCUGCCCGAGGGCCGGUUCCUCUAUGCCAAGCUGCUGCUGCUGCUGACAGAGCUGCGGUCCCUGAAGGCAGAGCUCACGCGGCAGAUCCUGCACAUACAAGACCUGUCGUCCAUGACACCGCUGCUCUCCGAGAUCAUCAGCUAGAGCCAGGGCUGGGACCAGCUGUUGACCUCCAUCCACCCAGCCGGGACCCUGGGGGCAGGAUCCCCCACUGUGACUUCCAGGACCACACGCUUCCCCCAGGAGCUCGCUGGGGCACAGCCAGGACCCUGAAGCGCUGAGUCUCAUCACCCAGCCAACUGCGUUCCCUGAGCUCUGCAGUGCCCUCCUGGCCACUCUGCCAAUCCCACACCCCUGGCUGGCAGAGGAAAUACUAUGACCACUAAGGUGGUUUUCCUACUGCGAGGGGAAAACCACUUUCUUGGCAGGGGGUAGUACCUUGACCGAGGUAAGGCAUAGUCUCCCACUUCCCACUCCCAGUGGGAAGAUCCUGGCUAUACACUAAUUUUAUGGGAGACUGCUCCCUAGCUUACUCCUGCGGCCAUAUGACUGAGGGCGAGCGAAACUCAGGGGCAUCUGAGCCCCAAGCCUCCAGGCUUGGGCCAGCACAUAGCAUACCCUUGAAAGGAUUUGGAAGCAUCUGAAGCCUCAGGCAGGGGUGGUGGAUGCUUGCCGGUAGUAGGGCUACAUUUGGUUCUUGAAUGACUCACGGAUCUGGAAUUGAUUUGGCUGAUUUGACAUGGAACACAAAAAGUUUUCCUUAAAAAAAAAAA